AUAAAAUCUAUACAACCCACUUCAGUCAUGCCCUUCUUUCCCCACUAUUAAUCAAAGCUGUGGAACCGGGGAAUUCAUUUUUUUCAUAAUAAAAGGGGAGAAAAAAGCAAAAAAAAAAAAGAAAAGAGAAGCGAAGUCUCCGUCUCUCAUUUACUUCAUUAAUUAUAAAUUAAAUGCCAUUCUUUCAAGGACCAUAACGUACAUAAAAUCGCUCUCUCUUUCUUUCUUUCGCUCUCCAUAAAAUCCACUCGUUUACGGCAGCAAUAGUAGAAGGGCGAUAUAUCAAAAGCUUUUGGUUAGAGACUUUCAUUCCCUUGUGCUGCGCCAGUUUGAACUCCACUGGUGGUCAACAUGUUUCUUCUAAGAAGGCAGUCUCAUAACCAUCAUGAGGAUGAUUCUGCACAACAAGAAGAAAAGGUUAGAGAACUCAGGGCUGCACUAGGCUUCCUAUCUGGACGUAGUUUAAAGUACUGCAACGAUGCUUGCCUUAGAAGAUAUUUAGAAGCUCGAAACUGGAAUGUUGAAAAGUCAAAGAAGAUGUUGGAAGAGUCACUGAGGUGGAGGACAACUUAUAAGCCUGAGGAAAUCCGUUGGCAUGAAGUAGCACAUGAAGGCGAAACUGGCAAAGUGUCCAAGGCAAAUUUUCAUGAUCGACUUGGGAGACCUGUUCUUAUAAUGAGGCCAGGGAUGCAGAACACAAACUCGCCAGAAGGCAAUAUUCGCCAUUUAGUAUAUCUUAUAGAAAAUGCAGUCCUCAACCUUCCUGAAGGUCAAGAACAAAUGUCAUGGUUGAUAGACUUCACUGGAUUUUCGUUGAACACCAACGUCUCUGUCAAGACAGCCCGCGAUAUUAUUAAUAUUCUGCAGAAUCACUACCCAGAGAGGCUUGCUCUAGCAUUUCUUUAUAAUCCUCCAAGGAUCUUUCAGGCAUUCUGGAAGGCUGUCAGGUACUUCCUGGAUCCAAAGACAUCUCAGAAGGUGAAGUUUGUGUACCCCAAAAAUAAGGACAGUGUGGAGCUCAUGAAGAAGUUCUUCGACAUUGAUAACCUUCCUAGCGAGUUUGGAGGAAAAGCCACCCUAGAGUAUGACCACGAGGAGUUCUCUCGAUUGAUGGCCGAGGAUGAUGUUAAAACUGCCAAAUUCUGGGGAUUUGAUAAGAAGCCUUGCCAAAUAACCAAUGGGCAACAUGGGGCAGAGGUGGCACCGGAGCCUAUACCCGUUGCAAGGCCCGUUAAUUAAGAGUGACUUGUUCUAAUUUUAAGUCAAUGUACACAGCAGCCCAUGCUGAAGCAGUUGAUAGAAACACUAGGUGUUGGGAAGUUCAGUUACUUGUUGAGUCUCUAAUAAAACAUUAACCUAUUGUGCUCGUUGUAAAUGUGGCCUAGGAGGGAGGAUCUGAGAGAGAGAGAGAUAGAGAGAGUAACUUCCUCGUUAUGUUAACAGUGUUUCUAUCAAAACGAUAAAUUCCACUUUUUCCAUUGAAGA